CGAGUUUCUCAGGUAUCGUGGGCAUGAUAUGCUCACAGAUACCAUUUGAGCUAUUCCAGACUAGGCCAAACUAGGCCUCAGGCCUGGGCCUAGUAGGCCGCGGAACGUUCCGAGUACGUAGUGGCAGAUAACCUUAUCUCCUACUAGGUACGUGUUAAGGUAUGGCCACUCGCAGCAUGGAGGUAAUGGCACUAGAUCUCCGUAGCCACCUUAAUCCUAGAUUGCUUACAUACUUCUGUAUGCUCACUGCCUAUCACAAUGCACCUGCUACUGUAAACUAUCUGCUCUGUACUUAACCGGCCAUCUCGCGGAAUAAAGCGGAGUUCGUGCUGGAAACCAUACUGGUUUGGUCUCACGUUACUCUAGUCCCCAGUCUUUCCAGGGUUCAACAACAGUGGCGCCCGAACCUUAGAGACAGAGCCCUGGAUUUUAAUGAAAUAUAGAGCUUCGAUGCUGUGUAUUAAUUAGCUUCAAUGCUGUGGAUUAUUUAGCUUCAAUGCUGUUAAUUAAUUAGCUUAAAUGCUGGAAGCCCUCGCUUGAUUUUGGACGUGUGUGUGUCGCUUGCGAUCUACGGUCCGGAAUUCCGAGGCAGGCUGGGGAGCGUCGGCUGAUUGGAUUGAAUAGAAGGCGACAGUGACACCUGCUGUCAGUGGAAAGAAGGAGAAGCAGGACCUGUCUGGGUGCCGAGUCGCUUUACCCGUGCGUGUCCACAAGAAAAGAUACCAACCGGCGGUGACACUCACAGAGACAGCGACGACUUACCUGAAGCACCUCAAGAAGACGCGGAGAGUGCUGAAAAUUGACUGUUUUAGUACUAUAUCAUUGCACUGUUGUUGUGUGACACUUAGAGGCACGAUAAGUUAUUGGUUAGGGUUUUAGGUUGAUAGCCUGUGUGCUACACUGUGUGCUUGUCACAAUGGGUGAAAUGUUAAGCAUGAGGGUGUUGGUUUUAAUCAGUGUGGUAGUAAAAAUAAGAGCAGGGAUGUUUGACAUUGACACAAGGGAGAACAUGUGGGUUACUUGGGCCAAACAAACUAAACAGGAUUCCUUUUGUUUAUCUCUAGCGACGCCAUCCAAUCCUUUUAGAACCUGCUUGAUUGGAGUUCCACUGACCUCCAUGGCAGAGUUCAAGUCUUUAACUCCUGUCAGGAUUGACCCAAAAGGUGAUUUAGGGCCACAAGCUGCUGCCAUAGCGCGAAACCUUCGAGCGGCUGGUCCAGAACCUCAGGAGCUUGAUCUCUUAGGUUCUGUGCCAGGAAACUAUUGUCUUGUCUUUGGGCGCUUUGCAGUGAAUUCUAGUCUAUUAAUCAUAGAUGAGCAGCAAUUGAAAGGCCACGCUACGUGGCUGUCCCCUCAUUCACUUUUGUAUUACAAUUACUCUGAGUAUUGUAAUAGUUGGGUCAGAUCUGUCACGCAAUUGACAACAGCUGCUAAGAGAUUGCCACCAGGAAUCUUUUUAGUUUGCGGAGAUAGAGCAUGGUCCACAGUACCUCAGAACAGUGUCGGAGGACCGUGUUAUUUUGGCAAACUAACUCUGUUCGCACCUAGCAUUCACCAGGUUCUAGGCUUGCCAAGGAAGGCUCAACGAGUCAAGCGCAGUAUGUCUCAGCUAGGUCCCAACUGCAAAGAUCACGUUACCCUAUGGCAGCCUCCAGCCGUGAUCUCAGCAUCCAUUUUUGCCCCAGGAGUUGCUUCAGCACAAGCCCUCACACAACUGAAACAUUUAGCCUGCUGGACAGGAAAACAGAUUAACAUAACGACGAAGUUGUUGAGUGAGCUUGCUGAAGAUGUUAGUGGCAUUCGCCAUUCAGUGCUCCAGAACCGAGCCGCGAUUGACUUCCUUCUUUUGGCUCAGGGGCAUGGAUGCGAAGAGUUUGAAGGCAUGUGCUGCAUGAAUUUAUCAGACCACUCACGGUCGAUACAUAAACAGUUAGCGCAGUUGAGGGACAACAUGAAACACCUUGUAGUUGAGAACACUCCGUUUGACAAUUGGCUGAAGUCUUGGAAUCUCACUGGGUGGAUUGUGGAUUUAAUUCGUUUUGGUAUAAUGAUCUUUAUUGCUGUCAUAGUAGUUUUGACAAUAGUGCCUUGCUUGAUACAAUGCAUGCGCAAAUUAGCUGACCGUGCCUUAACGUCAGUUUGGAUAGCCCAAAAAGAAAAAGGGGGAACUGUGGCCGAGUUUCUCAGGUAUCGUGGGCAUGAUAUGCUCACAGAUACCAUUUGAGCUAUUCCAGACUAGGCCAAACUAGGCCUCAGGCCUGGGCCUAGUAGGCCGCGGAACGUUCCGAGUACGUAGUGGCAGAUAACCUUAUCUCCUACUAGGUACGUGUUAAGGUAUGGCCACUCGCAGCAUGGAGGUAAUGGCACUAGAUCUCCGUAGCCACCUUAAUCCUAGAUUGCUUACAUACUUCUGUAUGCUCACUGCCUAUCACAAUGCACCUGCUACUGUAAACUAUCUGCUCUGUACUUAACCGGCCAUCUCGCGGAAUAAAGCGGAGUUCGUGCUGGAAACCAUACUGGUUUGGUCUCACGUUACUCUAGUCCCCAGUCUUUCCAGGGUUCAACAACACU